UCAUAGACACAAAAAGCAUGCCUCAGAAUGUUGAUUUACUUUUUUUUCUUUUCACUGUGUGUUAUUUCAUCGUCAAAGGUCGGACUCAAGUCGUUAGUUCUACGUUGACUCGAAAUAACGGGGGAGACCAAUUCGAGAAAGUUUGCGGAAAUAAUUGUCAAACGUAUGGAGCGACUGACGUGUCACCAGGGAUUUGCAAAUGUACAUCAUCAAAUUCAAUUUUUCUACGAAAUGAAGGACGAUGCAAGUCUGACAAUGAUUUCGUGAAUAUAGAGGAAAAAUGUCUUUUCUGGCAAGAUGUGGUGGUAGAAGUUGUUGAUCCUGAAAAAGGAGCUACAUACCAUUUUAUUAAACCCAACUCAAAAUAUGGGUCAUGUAGUGUGAAACAACUGAUAUCUUAUCGUAACAGUAGUACAGGAAACUGGCAUUUUUUCAAUCUGACAGGAAAUGAAUUCCUCAUUACGAAUGCCCCGCUUUCACCAUCCAUUCAAGUGAAGGUUUCUCAACAAUCACCCAACUUGGCUAUGUUCAAAGGCUAUGUUAUGAAGCUGCAAUUGAAUUGCACUAUACAUACCACUGGAAAUAAGACAAUAACAGAAGACUCCUGUUUACUUUUUAAAGUGGAAGGAAAAGUCCAAAUUCAAUUCAAUUGCCCAACCACUUUACCACCAUCAACAAACACCACAGGGACACCAUCAACAACCACCACAGGAACACCAUCAACAACCACCACAGGAACACCAUCAACAACCACCACAGGAGUCGAACCACCUGAUCCACAUUCGUCUGAUCAUGAUCCGGCAAUUUUUGCAGCUAUUGUGGUUAUUGGAACAAUUCUGUGCUUGCUUCUUAUCGGAGUCUUUGGGUAUUUCCUGCACCAAUACACAAUUUUGUGUCCAUGCAAAAGAAGAGUACAACUUCAAAACAGAGGGGGUACCAUGGAAUCUGACGUGAUUAGAAAUCCAGGGCAGCAGAUUUACAGAAUUCAAGAGGAGCCUGUGUAUGCUGAAGUCGCAGAUGUUUAUCCUUUUGAUAAUGCGGCUGAAGGUGAAGGAAAAGUGACGGUUAAUCUUGAUGAAAAUCCAUCAGUUGUUCUGAAUCCUUACGUACAGGAAGCCGUGUUUUCAAGUGGAACGCCGAAACCUGAUUCGCCAUUGUCACGAUCAAAACUUGAAGAAAAUAGAAGAACAAGUGUUGAAUCAAGAAAUGUUCGCGAAAGGGACAGAAGUCCAUUAGACGAGAAAACGGACGGAUCAAUUGUGUUUAGGAACUCGCAAUUUGAAGAGACAUCCUUUAGUUCUCUGCCAAAGCCAGAGCAAGACUUGAAACUACUUGCAGAAUCACGCGGACAGGGUGAUAAAGGGAUUUUUAAUCCUCACGAAAAUCACUGUCAUCACGGUCGUAACGAACAUCGCGAUCGUCAUGAACAUCGUGAUCGUCACGGUCAUCACGACUGUAACGAGCGUCUUGAUCAUGACGACAGCCGCGGUUUUCACAUUCCUAACAGCCAAGAAACUGGUCACAAUGUUUCGUAUGAAGGACUCACUGACAGAACCAGAACUCUGAGUAAGUUUAUUUGUCCGAGCUGUAACGAUAGUUCGGAUUAUCAGAGACUUAGCAGUCAUGGGGACUGUCAGCACAGAGAAAAGGAAAACUACAGGAGAGAAAAGACACGGUCGCUUUAUGAAAGUUUGACGCUUGAAAGAGGUGCGAGGGAAUCUUUUUAUGCAACACCGUCGGUCAUGCAGGAUAGCAAAGAACUACCGGAGUAUAAUGUACUGGAAUCGGAAGAAUCAGACCAGAACCUUACACCCGAUGAGCCGGUGAACCACGAAUACAAUAUCCUUGAACCGGAAACUCCCUCUGAUGACGUUCAGAGUGAUGUGAACGAAACAUUUCCCAAUUCGGGCUCAACAGAUGAAGAUAAAGAUUUGCCGAUUCAUCCCUCAGAGAUAAAAAGCCUCGAAAAUAACCCUGUCUAUGGCUUUCCUUGGAAAAUGAAAAACGGUGCGAGGAGGCGAGCAAGUAGUAUGUAGCUAGAAACUGUCACAAACCUUUUCUCAUCACGUAGCCCAAACAGCUUAGUUCUAUAGUGUUCUUAGCUCAGUUAAAGGACAAAGAUGUUUGAGAGAGACUAGGAACCAGGCCUUAGUUGCUCAAGAAAUAAUGAAGAAAAUCUUUUAAUUACUUACUGCGCGAGUCUUAAAUUGCAUGGAAGGAAUAGUAAAAGUGCCCAUUUUUAAUAAAGGCAAUGUGUACAAUUUCAGGUAUUUUGAAUUAAUAAGUUAAGUUAAUACAGUAUAACAUCUACUUUUUUUUCGUCUAAGCGACUGCUGAAGUAUGGUAUGAGUGUCAUGCAGAUAUUACUAAAUAAGUACUUGCCUUCCUGUUAUUUUUUCUUAUGAAGUUAUCUUGCAAUUUAGAGUCUACGUAUGUUAGAAUCGCCAAGGAUAUUUCUACUUUAAAAUGUCUUUUAGAGAAGGUUUUUUUUAGAUAGAUUUAGCAAUGGUAAUUUCAAUUUAUUUCUUUUUUGUUUUUUAAAUGUUUUUCAUUUCACGCACAUGUUUUAACGAGUUUUUAUCACCCCCAGAUGAAGCGUGGGUAAAUAAAGUGUUGUAUUGUAUUGUACAACCUUUAAUUGUUUUUUAACCCAACGUUUUAUAUAUAGUUUAAGUUAAUUCAGAUGGCAUCGACAUAUUGUAAACAGUUUUGUUAAGUAAAAGUUUAAAAUUGAUAACAAGGAAUUUGUGUAAAUUGUUCAAAGCUUUUUGCGAAAGGGUAAAAAAAAUGAUUUUAAGCAUUACAGAUGUUCUCUGUAAAGAAAGAUUGUUAAUGUAUUAAGAGACAAAUGUCUCUCUAAAAUUUUUCCCUGUUUACAGAGAGAAAAAAAGUAAAAGUAUUGUAGAAAUGACUUCAACUAGUAGUUAAGUUUUGUAGCCAUUGAUGUAACUCACGUAGAAUAUCUAAACAGAUUUUAUUGUGCGAGUAAUUUUCAAUUUUGAUUGGUUUGUCUUAAUUUUGCUUUAUGAUAAUUGGGUCAGGGAUGUCCGCUACAUCCUCUCAACCCAUCACAUCCAAAAAUUGAAACCAAUUGCGAUGAGUUUGUUCGCCUUUUCCCGCGCUUUGUGCCGGUGGUUUGAACUGAUUUUGAGUCCUCACUGGCUCAGGGAAGCCCAAACCAUCCUCUCAACCAAUUUUCCCGCGCUUUAAACCGGUGACGUGUACUGACUUUGAGUUCUAAUUGGCUUCUUGUAGUAUGUUCCUUUGUUCUGAUUGGCUAUUGUGGUGACAAAUUUGGUCUAACGAAAGUCAUUUCGAAGAGGCUCGAAAGUUUACGUUUAACUAAACUGUAACUUUAAUGUUAAUAGUACUUUUAUGGAAAUCGUACAACUCUGUAAGCUAGAGAGAAAAUAAAUAACCCCGAUGUUCUUUGCAAAA